AUUGAGAUGGUAUUUAAAGCUGGGAAGUGUGAUCAAGUAAUAACAUAAAAAAGCACGUUUAGUUUCUGAAGAAACGAAAUAACAAAUGGACACAGGAAUACUGGAUAUCGCCCACAUGAAAUCGGCGACACAAAUUGAAAUACCAACUUUUAUGCAACAUCUUGAGACGUUGACUUCUAUUUGUAUCGUGAGACCACAAUCUGAAUGUGGAGCUUCAAAUCAACCUCACAUCGUUACCAAUCAAGUUGGAAACACAAACGAAGAUGGAGAGCACCGUAAGAAAACUCCGCCACGCUCUCCUUUAUUGUUUAUACGAAAAAAAAUUCGGAACUCCACGCACGGAUUUUCCCUAAAACGAAGAAGUAAAGAGAUGCAGCCUUCUCAGGUUAGAAGUGACCAAGACGAAGAAGAGGAAGAAGAACUCGAAACUGAAGAAUAUGAUUACAAUAGAACAACAAAUUUUAUUCUAACUCAAAAGUUUAUUGGAUGGAAAGUUUAAUUCUUUAUAAGGUUGCCAUAGAAAUAAGGUUAAUCGAAAAUCCCAUUUUAUAAAGAAUGUAGCUAUUGUACGACAAGUACAUUAAAAACCAUGUCGUUAAUGCGUCAUCUUAACGUCAAUAUGUUACUUCCGCUGUGACCGUUUAAUGUGAAAAUAAAAAUAAAAGCUAGCAUCUCGACACAAAUAUCAGUUGUGUGAGUAUAAAAAGAUAGUGGGAGAACUACUACGAAUAAAAGAAGUUAAAAAGAAAGAAAAAAUUGUGUUUUGAUGAAGACGUAUAAAAGUUUGUUUCAAAGAAGAAAACUUCGAAAUGACAUUAUUAUGAAAUUCAAACGAAAGAACGAAACGAGAAAAAGUAUCCGAAGAAAGAAGCAGAAAAAUGUUUUGGUUAUAAAGCCAGAAAUACUUAUGACAGAAACGCUUAUAUAAAUAAACAACGAGCAGAUACUAUACAUAUAUAUAAAAAAGUGUACUAUGUCCACGAAAAAUAUGUAAUGAAUAUAA